AUGCGCGAGAAGCACGAAAAUGGUGGGGCUAGGUCAUCAGUCUCCUCCCAUACUGUAUCGGACAAUGACAUUAUACUAGGUCAACCGGAAACUGUGGAAUCGUUCGAGAGUAAAACAAAACAGCGAGUAGUUUAUGAUGAUGAUGAUCACGCCAGGGGAGAUAGCCUCAAAGAGGCAAAACGAGAAAUCGAAGAUCAAGGAGGAGGCGAACCUCAACGCCUGAACCGCAAUGAUUCAAAACCGCCUGACAGAGCUUUUCAGAAGAGGACCAAGCUCACUCAGACGACGCGUCAACUCAGCUCACACACUCAGGGGGAAGCCGUUGAAAACGUCGCUAAAUGCCGUGAUGGGUCAACAAGAUCUUGCCCUCCAGCCAAGGCAAACGGUCCUGGCUUCAUCAGCGAGAGAGCUGGAGACGUGCUUGACGUGAAAUCUUUAGCAGAAGGACACUUCAAUCCACUACAGAGGCCACACAACCGGCCACACGCAGUUGAAUCUAGGUCAGGGCCGUGUGUAGGAGACAAGGGGAUGCUAAGGAAUGGACAUGGCGACGGCGAAUUCACCAGGCCGCUUCCGGAAAAUACAUCUCAUUCGUAUGAAGGCUUUAAUGAAACCCAGGCCAAGAC